GUGCCAUCUGAUUGGCUGUUUGCCAAGUAGGCCUAGCAACCACGCAAGUAUACUUGCUCGUGGUUGUCAGAAGUUAUGGUAGUAGAGAAGAUAGUGGUCACCAGGGGCGGUGUGUGGAUUGUCUUCUACAGAAUUAAAUGUGAAAGUCUGAUUUUUGAAGAAAGUAGUUAAGAUUAACCAUAUAUGUGCCCACCAGUCGUGGGAUACUGUUAUAAAACAGAGUGGUUCUCCGGAGGGUAAAUGGCUAACAGCUAACGUUAGCUUCCCGUGUGUGUUCGCCGGAGGUUGCGUGGGUUCCAUAAUAACGCGGUGGGACCAUUGACAUGGGACCUGCCUGGUCAAGAACCUUAUAUAUAUGUCAAUGUCAAGAACAGACCAAGGAUCUUUCUGAGAAGAUUACGAAACAUGAAAGCAGCAGGAAACGCGCACACACACAAAUGGGGACAAUGAUAACAGGUUCUACUGGGACUUGAUAAUGCUCAUCAUGAUGAUGGGGAAUCUAAUCAUCAUUCCUGUGGGAAUAACAUUCUUCUCAGAGCAGACUACCACCACCUGGCUGGUCUUCAAUGUGGCCUCGGACACCAUCUUCCUGGUGGACCUGGUAAUGAACUUCAGGACGGGGAUCGUCAACGAGGAGAGCUCUGAGAUCAUCCUCGACCCCAAAGUCAUCAAGAUGAAUUACCUGAAGAGCUGGUUCGUUGUGGACUUCCUCUCCUCCAUUCCAGUGGAUUAUAUCUUUUUAAUAGUGGAGAAAGGCUUUGACUCUGAGGUAUAUAAAACAGCACGUGCCCUGCGAAUCGUCCGCUUCACGAAGAUCCUCAGUCUUCUGCGUCUGUUGAGACUGUCCCGACUCAUCAGAUACAUACAUCAGUGGGAGGAGAUUUUCCAUAUGACCUAUGACCUGGCUAGUGCAGUGGUAAGAAUAUUUAAUUUGAUAGGGAUGAUGCUGCUUCUGUGUCACUGGGACGGCUGCCUCCAGUAUCUGGUGCCUCUCCUCCAAGACUUCCCCCCUGACUGCUGGGUGUCCCUAAACGGUAUGGUUAACGUUUCCUGGGGUAAGCAGUACUCUUAUGCCCUCUUCAAAGCCAUGAGCCACAUGCUGUGCAUCGGGUAUGGCGCCCGGGCACCUGUCAGCAUGUCUGACCUGUGGAUCACCAUGCUGAGUAUGAUUGUUGGAGCCACGUGCUACGCCAUGUUUGUGGGCCACGCUACAGCUUUAAUUCAAUCGCUGGACUCCUCACGCAGGCAAUACCAAGAGAAGUACAAGCAAGUGGAGCAAUACAUGUCCUUCCACAAGCUUCCGGCAGACAUGCGGCAGAAAAUCCACGACUACUAUGAACAUCGCUACCAAGGCAAAAUCUUUGAUGAGGACAACAUCCUGAGUGAACUCAACGACCCUCUCAAAGAGGAAAUUGUCAACUUUAAUUGCCGUAAGCUCGUGGCCACCAUGCCUUUGUUUGCCAAUGCGGACCCCAACUUUGUGACGGGGAUGCUGAGCAAGUUGAAGUUUGAGGUCUUUCAACCCAACGACUACAUUAUCCGAGAAGGCACGGUCGGCAAGAAGAUGUACUUCAUUCAACAUGGUGUUGCAAGUGUCAUCACCAAGUUCAGCAAGGAGAUGAAGCUAACAGAUGGAUCCUACUUUGGAGAGAUCUGUCUGCUCACCAAGGGCAGACGAACUGCGAGCGUGCGUGCAGACACCUACUGUCGACUCUUCUCCCUCUCUGUUGAUCAUUUCAAUGAGGUGCUAGAAGAGUACCCCAUGAUGCGACGCGCUUUCGAAACGGUCGCCAUUGACCGAUUGGACCGCAUUGGGAAGAAGAACUCCUUGCUGCUGCAGAAGUUCCAGAAGGAUCUGAACGCCGGCGUUUUCAACACGCAGGAGAACGAGAUAUUGAAGCAGAUUAUCCGUCAGGACAGGGAGAUGGUGAUGAUGGUGGACCGCAAGCAGUCAGUUACCGGGAUGAACUCAACACCAAUGUCAGGAAACUCCAUCAUUAACUCACCAGGCCAACCUCCCUUCCCCACUGCCUUCGGCACCAAUCAGCUCCAGCAGUCCUCUGUUCCCCUGACCUACAGUGCUUCAGCUAUUGCCAAUGCCUCUGCUGCCCGCAUGCUGCCAUCCGCUGCUGCUGCAGCGCACGGGGUUUACCCUGCUCCCAGUCUUUCCCAUGGCAGCCUGAAUUCAUCCUCAAUCAACCCACAGACCCCACUCCAGCAGCAAGGAGCGAUCAUGUCGCCCUUCUCCUUCACGGCUGCAAUGUGUAGUCCACCCGUGCAGACCCCUCUGGCUAGCCGGAGCUUUCAGUACAGCUCGCGCACAGCCUCCCAGCUGUCACUUAUCCAGCAGCCCAUGGCUCAACCACCUCUAUCCACACAGCAGCAGCUCGCCCAGCAGCCCGCAGCAUCGACUGCAGCUGCAGCCUCUGCAGCACUGCAGCAGCAGCAGCAGCAGCAGCAACCGUCACCUCAGCAACAGCAGGUCCCUUCACCUCAGCGGGGAGACAUCCACAAGAGCACACAGGCUCUGCAGUCGGGCAGCUUGGGUCGAGAUGUCAGACAUUUAUCGGCCUCCCAACCAUCACUGCCACAUGACACACCUCUGGGGCCCAGAGUGCACCCAGCUUCAGGAGACUCUCUGGCCUCCAUCGUGCCACCGACGGCGGCAGCGAUCCAGGGAAUGAAUCUGCAGAGCGGCAUCCGCACCACAGUGCCCCAGCGUGUCAAUUUAUUCCGGCAGAUGUCGUCAGGAGCCUUGCCCCCGGUGCGCGCGGCGGCGGCGGCGGCGGCAGCAGCAGCAGCAUCAUCAUCCUCCUCCACCCAGCACAGGGAAUCCCCCGGAUCUAGGAGAGAUUCUGUCCUGAGCAGUACAGAGACCGAGCAAGACAAAAUGCGGUUUUCAUCAAAUUUAUGAUCCCAUUUUUUUCCCUUUUCAUUUUUUAAACUUCAAUAUGUUUCGAUUCAUUUUUAAAAGUGGAGAUGCAACAAAAGAGAUAAAGAUGAGGAACUUCAGUAUUUUUGUUUCUCUCCAAUUUUCUUCUAAAAUAACCUCAUAGAAAUCCUGUACAUACAAGCCCUUGUAUUAUAUUUUAGACACAUUGUUUCCCUAAACUUAAGAAUGUAUAUUAUACAGAUACAUCUCUUUUCUUUUCGCCAUAUAUAUGUAUGUAUGUAUGCGUGUGUGUGUGUGUGUGUGUG